CAUUUUUAGGUAUCCUAUUUAUCAAAAAGGAAAUCCACAAUUGAGGGUUUUUUUGCCCAAUUUUUGGAUGAAGAUGGUGCGACCCCAGUACAAGCAGCCUCCUAACAUUGUACAGUUUAUAACAUCAAUUCAGAUGACAGAUCAUGAUAUUAAAAAUUAUUUAGAAAAAAUAUAUAAAAUACCAGUUGCUCAUAUUCGCUCUGAAAUUGUUGAAGGAGAACUGAAAAGGGUACAGAGGAAAGGAUAUGUGGUUAAAGGUGAUGAUUUUAGAAGAGCUUUUGUAACUUUAGCGGGAGAUGAAAAAUUUGAAUUUCCUGAUGUGACAUCUAAAAAGAGUGAACAGGAAGAGAGUGAUUAUAAAAAACUGCAAACUCAAAGUGAAGAAAGUUAUAAAAAAUACAAAGAUAGAAAUAAAAAUCAUUCUAAUCUUCCAGGAUGGUUUUCAGUGUGA